AUGUCUUCCCUUGUCGUAUACGGUGAUUCAUAUUCUGAUCUUAAUGUUGAAUCCAAAAGGACCAAUGGUCCCGUCUGGAGUCAAGUCCUUGCUGAACAAUGGGAUGCAAAAUUAAUUUCCUUUGCCAGGUCGGGUGCAAGGAUCUGUCCGUCCAGUAACCCGAAAUCAAGCUGGUUGAAGAAGCAAGUAGAACAAUCACUCUUAUCAAUAGAAAAGGGCAGUAUUCAUGCCAUCUUCUUGGGUACAACAGAUCUUGUUGUAGCAAAGGGAAACACUCAAUCAAGGAAUAAAGAAUGGAUCGGCUGUAUUGAAGAUCAAGUGACAGCUAUUCUUGAAAAAGACUCUGAAGCACGUAUCCUUAUUCUUGGCGCACCUGCUCUAGAGUUUUCACCUUUUGGGCAGAAGCGUAAAGACCAGCUAAAGGAUAACAUCAUGAGCUUCAAAGUUGAUCUUGAAGAAAAAGUGGAAGAAUGGAAAGGCCAAGACAAAAAUGUAGAAUUUUAUGACACAUAUUUAAUGUUUAGCAACCUUCUCGGUGAUCCUUCUGAAGCAAAGAUUACCAAUGUGGAUGAUGCUUAUUGGGAUAAAUGUCAAGGCCAAUGUAAUGAUGAAAUGAAUCAAUAUCUCUGGUGGGACUCUCUUCAUAUGACUGGUGCUGGACACAUAGCCAUGGCAAAAGAAAUUGCAUCCUUUGAUUUCUUUGGCAUAAAAGCCAGUGAGCCUACAUCCAUCCUGACUGAGGCAGAGGAUACUAUCGAUAAUAAUAGCCUCAAUGGUUCAAAUCUAUCACAAAACUAUAUUCAAUGCCUAUCCUGGUUACUAUUGGGUUGUGUAUUCAUGAUGAUCAUUUAUUCAUUCAGACACAGCAGAUUCAUUGUUAGCCUCAAGAGCAAAUUUCAUUCAAAGACAUCCAGAUUAUAUCGAAACAAGGAUUAUACACUUGUUUAA